AUGCCUCCAAAGGCAACAAAGAAAACUGAUCCCAAAGGAGGGAAAGCCCCUCCUAGCAAAAAGAAGGAGGGAUCCGGAGGAAAAGCCAAGAAGAAGAAGUGGUCUAAGGGAAAAGUCAGAGACAAGCUUAACAACAUGGUCUUGUUUGAUCAAGCCACUUACGACAAGCUUUACAAGGAGGUAUGGACUUACUCGAAGAGUUCUUUUACGUUUUGA